CGCGGCCUUGCCGUACUCGUGUUUCGAACGUUUGGCUUUCGAUUUUAGAUUUCAGGGCGUCCGUUCCCCCUCAAAGUUUGAUCAGUGAUUCCCAGUGAUUCCGUGUGAAUGAUAAGAUAAAGCUUCCUCUCUUCAUAUCGAAAGACAGUGAUCGCGAAACCGAUUCCAGGAUUCUUACUCUAAACUGUGUGACGUAAAACUCGCGCUGGCAUUUGACGUUAAGGUGAAUUUCCUUCGUUAUUUCUCGUUCCUCUCGUCUCUUUUCGUGCCUUUAAGUGAUUGUGGUGGUAGCACUGUUAGUGCCCGAGAAGGAAAAAAACUGUGGUGGUGGAGGUGGUGGUGACGGCUAGUAGACAAGGCGGAUUUUUCGUGGGCCUCGUCUCGUAUAAUUUUUUUCACAAUUAUACGAUUUUAAGAAACAUCUCACGCUGGAUCGAGUGACACGAAGACCGUUGUAGCAGAAAAGUGCGUGUGGGAUUGUGUGAGUGUGUUUGUGGUGUGUCAGGGAUAACGUCGAGCGACCUAGGUAUCGUCAUCACCAGCGAGAUGAGGACCCAGGCUGCCUUCUUAAUGCUCGGUCUGCUAUAUUUAGCGGGCACCCUCGACGUAGUAAACGCAGAAGUCUUAUACGAGGGACCAGAAAGCGUGAAGAAUGGCUCGGCUUGGACCAUCAGCUGUAAAGGCUUCAACGGAAAGGGAGAUGUCAGUUGGACCAAAAAUGGCCAAACUCCAGAAGAACUAUCCCAAGGAGUUGCGAGGGUAUUCACUAAUGACACCAUUAGUGAGCUAAGUAAUGAUGUUGCAUUGGAGCACCACGAGGGAGUCUACAAGUGUGCAAAGAGCUCCAACAAUACGUUUCGAUUAAUUGUUACCACCGAUAUCAUCUACAAAAUAGUGCUCUAUGGACAUGAGCACAUCAACAAAACAACCAAGACCGGGCUGUUGAAACCACUAGUGAUUGAAUGUGGCAACUAUUCGGGUAAAGAUGUAGUAGAAUGGACGAAGGAAGGCAAAAAAAUAAGCGACACAAGUUUGGGAGCAAAAUAUGAACUUUUGAAGUUCAACGGAUCAAAUCUAGUGGUGCUAAGGAACGAUCUCGAAGUCCUAGGAAAUUACACCUGUGUCAACAAAAAUCAAAGUUACACCCUCAGGUUCAGAGUUGUCCCUCUGCCGGUCCCGAAGUUCGAAGAGGAGUAUAUUAAUGUUGUCGAGGGUGAGAAGUUACACGUAGUUUGCGGCGGAAAUCUCUAUCCGGGAAUCAAAAUCGAGUGGACAUUUAAUGACAUUACAUUUAACGCCACUGAGGGAAGAUUUGAACUUACGAGAGACCUACAGAAUGGCGUCAACGGAGCUUCUCUGACCAUACGAAAUAUGCAGAUGACAGACACUGGUUAUGUGAAAUGCAAAGUUUGGUACGAGGGAAAUGAAUUAUUAAACGGAACGGUAAAAGCCGACUUGAAAGUUAAAGACAAGCUUGCUGCUCUCUGGCCAUUCCUUGGCAUUUGCGCCGAAGUCGUCGUUCUCUGUGCCAUCAUCCUCAUCUACGAGAAGAAGCGCAACAAGGCUGAGCUCGAAGAGUCUGACACUGAUCAAAGUCCAGACACUAAACCAACGCCCAACAAAGACUCUGACGUAAGACAGAGAAAGUAAUUCUUAGGAGAAAUAGCAGCGGCGUAAGAAAGGUGCGGAGAGAAGUAAGGUGCUGAUCGUGUGUGGAGAAAUGAGGGAGGCAGAACUGGGAUUCGUCAAAAAGUCUGAAGGGUGCCACGCAAUAUCCCUUUUUUACGCUUCGUCAGUCCAGAAAGAAAAUGAAAAAUGAGCAAUGAUUUCCGGUCUUUCAACCGGUGGCUGGCACGAAAGUCCAUUCCCGUUGCGAGUAUUAAUAGAGACUUUGGGAAGCAUUCGAAUAAUGAAUCGAGAAAAAAGCUCGAGGUCCGCAUUUCGACGACGAGCGCGGAAUUGCUAGCCAAGGCAAGGCCAGGCCCAAGCCCAGCCAGGCAAGGCAAGGCUUAUAAGCAAAUAAGCAAAUAAGAGUGAACUAGGGGAGGAGAAACUAAUUAGUCAUUUUUACGCUUACUUCUCAAACACGUCGCCCGUUCGUCGUUCGUCUUGCCCGCUUACGUAAUGCCUACAGCCGCAGAAACAUGCGCAAUUUACAAAUUGCGCGCGCGCACGCGUUGCUGUUGUCGUUAAUAAAUAAAACAUUGUACCAUCAUUUAUUACCAUUAUUACUAUUAAUUAUUACGAUUAAUUAAUUAAUAAUUAUACAGAUACCGUUACGAUGAUUUUUGAGUAUUAUGACUACGAUUAUAAUUGUUAAUAUUACCGUUACUACUUGUAUCGUUAAGGCUACUGUUAAGACCGACACAACUAGCGAUUUAGAGCACGAUGACCGUGCCCGGCCGAAAGUGUGAUUAGGGGCGUAAUUCUCCGUUUCCUCGGGAGAGCGCGACGAUCGCAAACUUUGCGCUUCCAACUCGAAAUAAUUAAAUGACUCCAGCUCGCUUUUCCGGGUUGGAAAGGGGCUUUUGGAGAUACAGAUUAUCGAUAUAUCGACACCAGUGGAAUGAAAGUCUCGAUCCUCGCAGCCAACAAGCGGAAUUACUGCCUUCGGUGAAAACCUACCUGCCUUCGUACUUCUUAAAUUCUAAGAGAAUCGAUUUUUCACCCCGCGGGCGGAAGCGAACGAGCGACGUCUGUCAACCUUGACCCUGACAUUUUGCUAGAGCUUUCAUAUGUAUCCUUUGUCGCGACGAUUUUCCUCGAUGGAAAUUCACAAGCUAGUUUUACUUGCGAGUUGUUUUUCUUCUUCUUCUUUUUUUUUUCGUUUUUUUCUUCUUUUUUUCCUUUUGUUUUGUUAGGAAAACAGUUAAAUGAUCGCUAUUCUCUCAUUCUCUCGAGUUGUGCUGGAGACACAAUGUUUUAAAGUCUAAUUCGUGUCGAAGAAAAGGAUGUUAUAAAUAUGUAUAUCUAAUGUAAUACUCUAGAGUCUAAGUAGGUUUUAAUUUCUCUCAAUGACCCUUCUUAAGGUCGCACCUAAGUACCGCUGUCAACGACGAGAAACCCGUAUUCAACGGGAACUAUAAAUAUUCAAUGAAGAUAAAAAAAAAGAAAUAUUGAAACAAAAUACUUAACUGUAUAUGCAGAGUUUGUAAAGUUUGUGACAAUUUUAGGUUUCUAAGAUCGUUGAACGGGAACUUGCAGCCUAAAAUCGAUCCUGACGAUCUCCCGAUGAUACUCGAGAAUAUUAAGAGCCCUUAAUAUGCCUUCUAAGGUCUUUAAGAAGAAUAAACGAUAUUGACACGUUA